AUGGCACAAGAUGUCUGUCCCGCCAAGUCCGAGCCUACGCUUUCCUUCACCCAGGGUUUCAUCUUGGGCCAGAUCUCGAUAGUACUGCUGAUCGCCGCAUUCAUCAAGUUCUUCAUCUUCGGCGACUCUCCUUCCCCUGACGUGACGGCCUCCCUCCGUGCCACUGAGCGGCGGCAACGGACGCUCGCGCAUAAGAGAAGUCUGCUGAGCCUGCGUGAGUCGGACACUCACCGACAAACCGGCCAGCAACCCGCGCUCAAUAAAAAGAUAUCGAGCAUCCUGCGUCCGGGACCACCCACGCUGACGAUCAGCUCCAUUCUCGACAAGACCUAUUAUAAGGUGGAUAGUCAUCAGCCAGAAAGCUUGGAUUGGUUCAAUGUGCUGGUCGCGCAGACUAUUGCGCAGUUCCGCAGCGACGCUCAACACGAUGAUGCCAUCCUCACCUCGCUCACAAAAGCGCUGAAUGGAACAUCGCGGCCGGAUUUCGUGGAUGAAAUCCGUGUUACCGAGCUGAGCUUGGGCGAGGACUUUCCCAUCUUCAGCAACUGUCGCAUCAUUCCCGUGGACGAGGAUGGCCUCAGCGCCAAGGCGGGCAAUAAGGAAGGCGCAAGGCUUCAGGCUCGGAUGGACGUCGACCUGAGUGACAUGAUUACGCUGGCCGUCGAGACGAAGCUGCUCCUCAACUACCCGAAGCGCCUCAGUGCCGUUCUGCCCGUGGCGCUGGCCGUGUCAGUCGUCCGGUUUAGUGGCACGCUGUCCAUCUCGUUCAUCCCGAGCAACCCGUCUGAGAACACGCCCACGAAGAUGACCUUCACCUUCCUCGACGACUACAGGCUGGACUUUUCCAUCCGCAGCUUGCUAGGGAGCCGGUCGAGGUUACAGGAUGUGCCCAAGAUCGCGCAGCUCGUCGAGUCGCGGCUCCAUCGUUGGUUCGACGAGCGAUGUGUGGAGCCGCGGUUCCAGGAGAUCGCGCUGCCCAGCAUGUGGCCGAGGAAAAAGAACACGCGCGGCGGCGACGAGGCGAUCGCGGACGUGGAACGCUCGUUGGGCAAGACAAAGGGUAUGGAUAUCGCCAAGGACAUGCGAGAGGAGGCCCGAAAAGAAGUUGAAGCUGAGGCGGAUGCACGAGCUGAUAGGGUACACGAAUCACUGAGAUUUCGACGGCGGCCGCGAGCCGAGGAUGCGUUUUCCGCCUCGGGGUCCAUGCCAGGAUCAAUGCCGGACCUAGACAUUCCCACAUGA